AUGGCCCUCAGGGUCGUGGCCCAGCAACCCCUCCAGGCCCUGCAGAAGCAGUUCCAGAGUGACCAUUCCUGUGUUACAGAUCGACAGCUCCACUCUGCCUUGUCCCAAGGCACUGAGUGUGGGGCUGUGGACUGCAGGCUGAUGGGCGGCGCUGGUGCCCCAUCGGAACACCCUGCAUCGAGCACGCCGCUGCCGACUCCGGUGUCUCCGCUCUAUGACUCACAGGACUUGGCCGGUGCUGCCGCUGCGCUUCGGGGUCUGCAGCUCCUGCACCUCGGCACCACCCGCUCUGCCCGGGGCACGGGGCUACAGACAGGCCGGGGGUCCCCCACCCAUGACUGUCCUGCCCCGGAGUUGCCGGUGCCCGGGGUGUCCCCCCCACGCCCAGGGAUCCCCCACACGCCCAGGGAUCCCCCCUGCCGCCGCCCACGUUCCCUGCUCAGGACGCCGCUGCUCGAGGCGGCCGCUCGACCCGGUAACGUGGGGGUCCGUCGAGGGGGAGCCACGGCUCAGCCUGAUACAGCUCACCGGUACAUCUCACCGGGAGCUCACCGAUACAUCUCACCGGGAGCUCACCGGUACAGCUCACCGGGAGCUCACCGGUACAUCUCACCGGGAGCUCACCGGUACAGCUCACCGGUACAUCUCACCGGGAGCUCACCGGUACAGCUCAACGGUGCGUCCCGGCCGUUCAGCACCGCGGACAGCGGCGGAGAACGGGACUGGCGGGGGGCAGCAGAGCCGGGAGAGGGAGCGAGGGAACCGGGGGAGCGGGGGACAGAACGAUCCAAGGCACCUGCUGGCACCGGCCGCGGCACCGCCGAGCCCCGUUGGCGGGCGCCGGAACGGAACCGGAGCGGCGGCCCCCGAGCGCGGGGAGAGCACGGUCUGCCCCGCCGCCGGGAACCCGCUCCCCGCCGCCCCGGUGCCCCCCGCUCCCGCCCCCCGCUCCCGCCCCCCGCCGCCCCGUGCGUGCCCGGCGCUGACGUCAGCCCGGGCUCCGGGGCCGAUAUAACCCCCGGACGCGCCGCCGGCUCAGCUCCCGCGGGACGGACCGCGCUCGCUCCGCCGCCAGCACCGGCAGCAACAGGGGACGGGCACAGCGCACCGGGUUCGGAGGGACCGAGGAUGCGGCGGGCGCUGCUCACUCUGCUGCUGCUGCUCGCCCGCUCGCCGCCCGUCGCCGCCCUCCCCGCCACCACCGACGGCUCCGUCCCGGCGGCCGCGGCCGGGAUCGGGGAUCGGGGCCGCCCGCUCUGGCCGCCGCUGGCGCCGCCGGCCCCGGGGCAGUGGAGAGGGCGGCGGGACGAGCCGCCGCUUUCCAUCGACCUCACCUUCCACCUCCUACGGCACCUCCUGCUCCUCGCCCGCGCCCAGAGCCAGCGCGCCCGCGCCGACUCCAACCGCCGCAUCCUCGACGCCGUGGGACGCUGACCCUGAACCCCCCCCGGGACCGCCGGACCCCCCGGGAACCCCCGUAACCCCGGGUCUGCACCGGCCUCCGGCCACCGCCUCGGGCUCUGCGCUGUGGGGCACCCGGCGCCUCACCGGCGAACGCACCGGCACCGACACCGGCACCGGCUGCACCCGCCUCAGCCCCGGCGCUGGGGUGAGUGGGAGCGGAACCGGCCCCGGGACGGUCCUGCACCGAUUUUGUAAUAAAACGUGGUGGAAACUCGA